AUGAUCCCAGUUAUUGUGGGCGUCGCGGACGUCAAGAACAGGUCAACCGCAGUCGAAGAUGCAAAGGAACCAGCCCAGCUCAUGUUAGAGGCGAUCCGCCGCGCCAUCCAAGAUGCGAGCCGGUCGCAGAGCACAUCAGAUAAGCUCCAGGCAAGCGUCGACAGUAUUGAUGUCGUGCGGACGUGGACCUGGCCGUAUGCGGACCUGCCCGCCCUGCUAGCGGAGAAGCUUGGCGUCAGCACGAAACAUCGCCAUUAUAGCGAGCAUGGAGGGAAUCAGCCCGCCAAGCUGCUAGACGAAGCCGCGCUGAGAGUUGCCAAGGGCGAUAGCAAAGCUGCUGUGAUUACAGGGGCUGAGGCUCUGGCUUCGUUGACGUCGUGCUUCAAGAACGGUGCCAUUCCGCCCCCGGGCUGGACAGAGCCCUCGGAGCCCAUAGAGGAUGUGUUCUCACCCACACACAGAGAUCUGAGCAAAGAUAUCGGGGGGCGCCACUCGGUGGGUGCGCCUAUUCAAGUCUAUCCGCUGUACGAGAAUGGGUUCCGGGCACGCCGUGGCCAAUCCAUUGCGCAAAACCACGAAGAGUCUUCCGUGCUCUAUGGGAAUUUUAGCCAGGUGGCGCAGAAUAAUCCAUAUGCUUGGAACUCGGGCUCGAAGGAGACUGCUUCGUCUAUUGGGACUGUAUCAAAAAAGAAUCGUAUGAUCUGUUUCCCAUAUCCUCUAUUGAUGAACGCGUUCAAUACCGUCAACCUCGGUGCAGCAUGCAUCAUAACAUCCACCGAGUUCGCCAAGCAGCUCCAGAUCCCCGAGGAUAAAUGGAUCUACCCCCCUGGUCUGGGAGAGACCGAACUUCUACCACAGCUCGGCGAUCUCAGAGUCUAUCGACCAAUGUCUCAGCUCGAGCAAUCUUUCUCCAGACGAGAUCGACAUUUACGACUUUUAUUCCUGCUUCCCGAUUGUCCCAAAGCUCGCUUGCUACCACUUGGACCUAUCAAUAACAAACCCACGGAAGCCUAUAACAGUCCUUGGGGGCCUUACUUCCUUCGGGGAGCCGGGAAUAAUUAUUCCAUGCAUGCCAUCACUGAGGUCACACGGCAGCUGCGGAAGGGAAAGGGGCGAAACGCUCUCAUACUCGCGAAUGGCGGUGUCUUGUCAUAUCAGCACGCAAUUAGUCUGUCAAGAGCAGCACCGAAGAAGGGAGGACCGUACCCAGAUAGCAGUACUCUGCGAAGCAGAGCUGCUGAAAUAUACCCCACUAUCGCUGAGGAAGCGAACGGUCCUGCUGUGCUUGAGACAUAUACUGUUGAGUUCAAACGAGACGGAAAGCCCAAAAUGGCCUAUAUUGUAGGCCGACUGCGUUCAAAUGGCCAUCGGUUCCUUGCGAACCACGGUGACGAGAACACGCUCACUCGGCUUGUAUCUGGAAAUGAGGAUCCUAUUGGGAAGAGCGGUGUGGUAUCGACCACCCAGGACGGGCCACGGAACCUGUUCUACCUUGAUAACAGCUCGAAGCUAUGA